UCGCUUGCUUGUUAUUUGUUGGGUUGCUCUUUCAUUCGUUUCGUAUUUUUGUUUCACAAUUGAGGAAAUGAGAAAUACCUCCCAAGGUCAUGGAUAUCGUGGUGGAAAAGUAAUCGUCUUCCACUGUAAUCUUCCUUAUACUACGCACUAGAAAUCCUGAACUGAAAUCAAAAUCCUUAGACAAUGGGCCAACGUUUACAACAUACACAAGGACUGCAGUGGAUGAAUUUUACGACAACUUAUCAAGUUGUUUGAUAUCCCAUCUCAUACCUUGUGUCAAAACCGCUAUAGAUUUAAGGAUACAAAUUCUAAUGGAAAAGGUAAAACUAAUUUGUUAUUGUAAAAAAAAUGUUCUUAUAUACUAUCAGCGUGGUAUGGCAGAUUGUAUUAGGUACUUGCUCCCGGCGCCUUUGAGAUAGGGGAAUUGUAUUUGCUCCGAUUCUAAUUGCCAAGAAAAAAAACCCUAUUAGUGCACACCAUCUGUUAUAGCUUUUGUUAUUUAAGCAAUAACUUAUUUGAGAAAAAAUUCAACCACCUCAUUUUUCCUUGCACGUUGGAUGAAGUUGUGGUUGUUUGGAAGGCCUUUUUUAAAAUGAAAUGUUGUUGAUAAGUAUACAGAUGCUGGUGCAAAAAUUCUUGGUCUUUUUGUUUCUCCUUGAAGGAGUGUCUAUGCUGUCUUGCUCAUUUGAUGAUGGGUUGUGUGGAUGGCAACACCCAGAAAAUGCUUCCAAGAGAUGGCUCCUAAACAAAGGAAUAAGUCAGCACAUUGCAACUCCCUACAGUGAGCCGAACUCACUUCCUUUUUCCGUAAAGUUAAUUUAUCCCAACUUCACGGGGUACGGAGUUUUGUCCUUUUCCUAUGCAAUGGAGGGUAGCAUUACGUUAUUAGUUAAGGUCGGAGAAAAGACAAUUGUUAAGUUCGCUUCGAAACACCACAUCAGAUACGUUUGGCAAUGGAUUACAGUUCCUAUCAAUUCAAGCAACAAUGAGGUUGUCCUCGAAGCAUCAAAGCCAUUUAUGACCGCAACAGAACAAACCGCAGUUGAUGACAUAGUUUUCUUUGAAAAAGAAGCUCCAAGAUGCACACCACUCACAGCUCCUAUCAACGGUACGAUAAACUGCACUUCUAGCAACUAUGUCAACAGCAUUUGUAAAUUUGAGUGUCAGGGUUCAAAUCUCGUGGUUGGACCUUUGGAAAGAAAAUGUCUCCCUACAGGAGUUUGGUCUGAAUACCAACCAYCUUGCGAGUUUCCCCAGAUUCGUCUGACCAGUCCACAGGGGAACCUUAGCUCUAAGGCCGGUGUUGUAGAGUUACUCUUUAAUGGUACCUGGGCCCCUGUAUGUACACACCUGACCAAUGAGGGUCGGCGCCAGUACACCAACAUAGCAUCUUUGACGUGCCGAAGCCUAGGAUAUAGCAACAUUGGGAUCAACAUUCCUUCAGUACCAAUGGAUCGACUUGUUGACUCCUGGACAAAUUUGGCUGUUGGUAGAGAAUGUACUCAGGAGGAUAAGUCGUUGUCACAGUGUAGAGGGCUUCAGAUCAAAAGAUAUGCUUGUUCGAGUGACUACUUAUUCUUUAUUACAUGUUUUAGUCCGCAGUGUCCAAGGAACUGUCAGUGUAGUUUUGGAGCCAUCAGUGAAUAUACAGUAGGCUGUGCAUCACCAGCUAGUGUGGAUACUCUUAAAUUGCUACCACAUUAUACCAUCAAUUUGGUGACGUUUGGUAUCAACAUGACAGACUUGAAAGAGGAUUCACUUAAACACCUGCGACUGCUAAAAAUAUUGAUGCUUAGAAAARCAGAUAUCAAGAAAGUUAAUUCGAACAUUUUCAAGCAGCAAAAAGGACUAAAAAAGCUUGAUUUAAGAGAAAAUAAGAUCACCAGUUUGAAUGAUUUGAAUCUUGAAGCUUUGAUGCAUGCAAAAAUGGGAGACAUACUAAAACUAGACAAGCCGUCGUUCUCAUCUUAUAUUAGGCGGCAUUACGAGAGCGUGCUCCUUAACUUGGAUCUACAGAAUAACCGCAUAACUAAUAUUACCAAAGAGGCGACAAAAGGAAUAGAGUUUGUGUACGUCUUAAAUCUUGAAAAUAAUCGCAUUUCGUACGUCGAAGAUGACUCGUUUGGUAACUUUUUCAAGAUAGCACUUAUAAAUCUCGCUCAGAACAGGAUAUCAUAUCUUCCCGAAAACUUUGCAACGAAGGAUGUUAUGUCUUUAGAUCUGCGUUAUAACCAAAUCAAGCAUAUUUCUCUUGGUUCGUUUAAUGGUGCAGCCCCAUACGUUUUUAUGGAACUAUUUCUAGGCCAAAAUCUGAUAGGGAAUAUCUCUUCAAUGUUCUAUGGCUUAUCUGAUCUCAUGUUGCUUGAUCUAGGAGGCAACAGGAUAAACAGGAUCGACAAACACGUUUUUAAGUAUUUGAGACGAUUACAAUCACUAUCUGCUUCAAGAACAAACCUUUAUGAAAUUGAAGAUAUGGCGUUUCAACAUCAGCGCUAUUUAUAUAAUUUGUUUUUAGAUGGGAAUAAAUUGACAAAAAUAACCAGGCUUACGUUCUUUGGCAUCAACCUAUGGCAUUUAAGUAUCUCAAAUAAUCCUUUGGAAGUCAUUGAAAGUGGUGCAUUGAUUGACAAUACGAAUUUAAUUGUAGUUUACCUAAUUGGAACAAAUCUCCACACCCUUGAUAUUGGAACGACCUUCCCUACGAAUCAAAUGACAAUUUCUUUUGCACCAAGCGAAACGUUUGUGGACAUGCUAAUAUAUCCACCUGCGUCGGACUUUCUUCGGAGCACGGGAUACCUCUGUAAACAGCCCAAUAACUGGUAUGCCCUCUGCAGACCCUGUCCUCAAGGGGAAUACAAACUUACUUUCCUCAACGAGUAUGGCUGUAAGAAAUGCCCUGCAGGUGGCUUUUAUCAAGACGAUAUUGCGCACGUUGGUGAGAUCGUUCAUGGCCUUGGGUGCAAACAAUGCCCUUUGGGAACGUUUGUUAGUAUCGCAAAUGCUCCAGGAAGAGUUGAAUCUUCCUGUUUAGCAUGUCCCAGAGGUACAAACCUCAAACGAUUAGCUGGGUUCAGAGCGUGUCCCUGUUUAGACAACUUUUAUCGUUUGGAUCGCUUCGGUGCUUGUAAAGAAUGCCCCAUUGGUUAUCAAUGCACCAAUGAGACGAUUAACCUACAUCCGGGGUUUUAUUGGAUAUGGAGCCAAGACACCGAGAAAGACAACUAUCUGACAUUUGCUGAAAAACUACAAACAGAAAACAAAGACCAUGAUUUAGAUUGGAGAGCAUUCAAUGGAACUCUGCCGACUGCUUAUGUCUGUCCUUUUCCAAGUUCAUGCAAGGGAGGAUUUGUUGUAAACUGUUCCAAUGGCUACGAGGGAAUUCUUUGCGCUCUCUGCUCCAAAGGUUUCUAUAAAACGUACUCUGGUUGUAGCAAGUGUCCAUCUCUCUUAGUAAUCGUGUUUCAGUUCACUGCCGUCUUCACAGUUCUGGCAAUUAUCACCUUUGUGAUUGUCAAAGACAAAAAAGCCAGAAGUGAACGCUCUGCGACGGAUACAAUCUUCAGCAGUCUUAMGAUAAUGAUCGGGUUUUACCAAGUUACAAGUGGUACACUACGAGCUUACUCAUACAUCCAAUGGCCUACAGSAUUAACAAAGCUGAUGAAGUUUGCAGAUGUAGUGCAGCUGAACAUCUUCAAACUUGUUCCAAUAGAAUGUCUGAGUCACUCCAUCAAGAUCACACCGUACGUUGGUCUUGUGACCUAUGUUUCUCUAGACGUAUUGGUCAUAUUGCUUGCCGUGGGAUACCUGCAUGCGACGAAAUUCUUCUUAAAAAUGAAGAACUUCAACCAGGAAGAAAGGAAUAAAAAGCUUUUUGCCUGUAAAGCGAACUGUUACCGUGCAGUGUUUCUUUWUCUGUUUGUUACCUAUCCAGCAACAUGUGAGAAGGUGUUCCAAGUUCUUCCAUUUGGAUGCACUAAGGUCUGUGACAACCAACAAACAUGUAACUGGUACCUACGAUCAGAUUACUCUGUCCAGUGCUACACAUCAGUCUACAACAGGUACGCUCUUUUGGCUUUCUUUGCUCUGCUCAUCCCCGUCUUGUUUCCAGUGGUCACUGUUAUCAUGCUGUGGAAGUACUGUAGGAACAAAGAGGGCGUUGAAGUUGGACAGAAAAAAACUAAAAUAAACCUCGCAGGCAGCAAGAAAACGAAGUGGGGUUCAAUCAAGAAGUAUUUCAAGAAGAAUCGAAACGAGAUUUCGUUAGGUAUGAGGUUUAUCUACGAAAACUACAGUGACCACUGCUGGUAUUGGGAAGUCAUUGAGUUGGUCCGAAAGGUUCUUUUGACGUCGGUGUUGAUUUAUUCUGGUCAAAGUGGUCGCUUCUUUCUUGGAGUAGCAGCAUCAUUGUCUGGUAUCUAUGCCGUCAUAUUUGCCAAUUCUAAACCGGUUCCAUACCUGUUUGAACACUGGCUUCAUCUCGGGUCUUURCUUGCCACAAUGGCUAACCAAUCGAUGGCAUUGUUGCUAAAGAUCCCAGAAGAAAGUCUGUCAUCGYUGGUUAACGUGGAAGAUGACACCGUCGGUGUGUCUUUGAUGCUGGUGUUUGCAAAUGUUUUUGUUCUUGUCAUGAUUGCAGUUCGUUAUUUCUAUGGAAUAUUCCUUUCACUUAAAGAAUUCAGGAAAAACCCCAAAUGCAGUGUUGGUUGUAUCAUGACGCUACUGCAAGUCGUAACCAUUGGCGAUGGGCAAGAACGUCCAGUGUCUACCAAAAGAGACAACUGCCGUCGAUCAGAGAAAAUUGAUCGUCGUCUAACGGAGAAAACUGCGAGAAUAGCUUGCAAAAAAACCCAGGAAUAACUAAGCAGUUUCAAAUCGUCAAAAUAUAAGAAGUUGUAUUUACAAACGAGAAGCAUCAAGAUAACGUAUAUUAAAGCAAAUUUGGCUGUCGACUCGAAAGUUUUUACUAUUUCGACAGCCACGCACAC